AUGAACAUUGAAAAUGAAGUACCGGAUAAUACCAGUGGAAAUUUGAUCGAUUUAUCCCAAGCUACUACUUCACAAGAUAAUAGUUCAGGUCUUUCUUAUACUAACGAAGCAAAUAUAUUGCACAUAGAUCAGAAUGAAAUCAAAAGAAGUAUCUCGAAAUGUCAAGUACAAACCAGUAGCGACACAUUAAUAGAAAAAACGGACGAUAUUUUGAAUAAGCGACAAAAAUUAAAUAAAAGUGUGUUCAUUACCAGUGGAGAAAGUGACAAUACAGUGUCGUUUAAAAAAAGUACAUUAAUAGUGGAGCAGCAAAAUUAUCAUUUAAUAAAUGAGUCGGUUAAGAACGAAUCAUCGAAUUCAAAUUUAGAAAUGGGAUCAGCAACUGCUAAUAAUUUCCAAUCUAAUCCAUGUAGACACAAAGAUAAUUUGAAUAAAUGGGAAGCUACUAACGAGGAUGAAAAGGAGAAACAAAAAGAACAUAAUGAUGAAGAUGAGAAGAACAAAAAUGAAGCUGAUCAUAUAAAAUUAAAAAAAAAAUGUCUUAAUUGGCAUAUUAUACCGGAAGUGAUAAAUCGCCAAAUAGGAAGCAAUCCAUUAUUCGAAAGACGACUCUAUAGUUCUUUAUAUACAGUAGAAGAGUUGCAACUUAUGUAUAAACUUUAUCCAUCCGUAACGCCUAAAAUGAUAAAUAUUUUAAAUUUCAAUCACAAAGGAAAUUUAUUAAUGUGUGUCAAUUAUAAUCUGAUUUCUAUUUGGGAUUGGGCUAUAGGGAAAGAAAGCUUCUUUUUUCCAAUUGAUGGCAUCUGUGUAUUAUAUGCCAAGUGGUUGCCGUUGGACAAAUAUGUGGCUUUUUGUGGUAAAGAUGGUUCGGUAUAUUUGUUGGAAAUUGAAAGCAACGUAUUGAAAAAAUUGGCGACACUCGAUGGAAAGUCGUACAAAUUGGCUGUACAUCCUGAAACACCUCAUGUAAUCCUUUCAGCCGGAACUGACUCAAAAGUGUUAUCCAUAGAUAUUCGAGAAAGCAAUCCAAAAGAGUUACUUGUAAUAAAGGAAAAUUCGUUAAAUGUAGUAUUACACAGUAUAGAUUCUAAUCCUUCAAAUAGUAAUGAAUUUUGCGUUGCUGGUCAUUCUUAUUGUGUCACGGCAUACGAUCGGCGUAAAGUUUCAAAACCGCUUUAUAAACUAUGGCCUUAUGAUGUAGAAAAAUAUAAAAUUGGUUUUGUAACGUCUGCUACGUAUAACUAUAACGGAACAGAAAUUCUUGCUUCAUAUUAUAUGAGGGGCUCAUUCUUAUUUAAUAGAUUAAUAACGUCAUCACGUGGAGAUUACGGUCAUGUGUAUGAGAGUGUAUUUAAUGGUACUUUUUUCGGACCUAAAAGCGAAUAUAUUGUAGCUAAAAUAUCCGAUGAAUGUAUAUGGAUUUGGGAAAAAAAUUCGGAAUCUGUUAUACGAGGUAUGACAGUAGAGAGAGAUUACGUAACUUGUUUGGAGAGUCAUCCGCAUAUUCCCAUUCUUGCGACAAGUGGACAUGAUGACAACGUUAAACUAUGGGUACCUUCGACAGGAAAACUUUCGGUAAUGGAGUCAUUCGGGAUGUAUUUUUAUGCGAAUCCAUCAUAUUACGAUUCAAAUUCAAGUUAAGACGAAGAUGAUACCAAUGACAUUCAUGUCGGUGAUCAUGGUAGUAAUUUCGGUAACUCCGAGUCUGACAACUCUGUCGAAGAUAAGCUAUCCGAAAACGAUUUAAUAUUGUGA